AUGGCCAAGCAGCUCGACGGCGGCGGAGGCCGGCCAGGUAAAAAGGUCAGGUUUGCCGCCCAGGCCGAGGUCGAUGCCGAGAUCCAAAAGGUGAUUUCGGAGGCUAGAGCCGAGCUCAAGGAGCUUGGUGAUGCGGCAAUCGAGAAGGCAGACCGCACAGAAAAGGCAAGUUGUAUUCCAGUGAAGGCGAUGGCAUGUGCGAAGCCUGCUGACAACGGUUCGCAAUCCGAGGCGGAGGCUGCCGACACCGAGCUGUUCGGAUGA